GUGGCGAUGCGCGAAGCGCAUCGCCUCAUUAAUGCAUUGAUUUCGUGAUCGAUUUUUUGAUCGAUUUUGCAUUAGAUUAUCAUUGUGACAUGCAAGAUAUGAUUAUGAUAUCGAUGUCCACGUGUCAUGACCACGCCUUGACACUCCCACCAAAUAAUGGCGAGCAGCAGCAGCAGCAACGAUAUCUCUAGUGAUGAGGUGGACAAAGCAAGAAAAGCCAUUGAGUUUUUAUCCAGCUUGCAGGAUAAGUUACCUGGUCCAUCUCAAGCAAAUCAGAGCAGUUCCUCGUCUGAAGCAGAUCAGAGCAGUUCCUCAUUUACGAAUCUUGAAAGCAUUUCUCUGCAGGCUAGAGCCAAUACUGUCUUAAGCAAUAUAAAUCGUGUGAGGUCUGGGCUGCAAGUUGGUAAAGGGAAAGGGAAGAAGAGAUUGUGUGCUGAAAGAGAAGAAAUGGUAAAACUGUUCCCUCAGUUUAAGUCGGCUCGAGAUACUGAUAAGAAGAAGCCUUGGACUCAUCACUUUGUUUGCUUGGCCUAUCAUGACCAAACAUCCAUUCCAACAACUGCUUGGCAAAAGAGUGAGCUUACAAGUGCUGGUCUUGGGGAGCAGAAAAUAGUCUUUCAAGAUGUAGAUUGUGAUGCAGUAACGUUUAAGAAGGCUCUGUUAGAUAAGUUUCCGAAGCUGGUAAAUGGUGGUGGUUACCAGCUGUGCAAGUGUAAGGCAAACUCACGUGAUUUGAUGCCACUGUCUUCGUCAGUCCUCUCUACUCCAAGGGCCUUACAGAAGUGUGGUAGUGCUUGAACAUACAUUCGCCCAUUACAGAAAGACCUCGAGCUGACUCAAGAGCAACAUAUUGAAGU